UGUUUCACUCUCUGUGUUGCUGGACCGCACAGUAAAGCCUCGGCUGCUGCUGCUGCUGCUGCUACUGCUGAGACUCCACCAGCCUGCUUUACAUACACACAGGACUCGACGGGAGCGACAGCAGCAGCGCCUGCUCGCUCAGACCGCGGCACGGAGAACCCGAGACAGCGCGAUGUCUUCCCCCGCCUCCUCCGGGCCCUCCGUCCCCCCGGGCCCUCUGAAGCCCAAAAGGAAGACGAAGAAGAAGCACUUCGUGCAGCAGAAGGUGAAGGUGUUCCGAGCCAGCGACCCGGUGCUGAGCGUCCUGAUGUGGGGAGUCAAUCACUCGAUUAAUGACCUGGGCCAGGUGCCGGUACCUGUCAUGCUGCUCCCGGACGACUUCAAAGCCAACACGAAGAUCAAAGUGAUGAACCACUGCUUCAACAAGGAGAAUCUUCCGGGCCAGUUUAAAUUCAAAGAGUACUGCCCACAAGUGUUCAGAAACCUGCGAGAGCGCUUUGGUGUCGAGGAUCAAGAAUACCAGGUAUCUCUGACCCGCAGUUCUCCUCUCAGAGACGAGGAGGGGAAGUACAUGGGGCUGCGGCUCACAUCAUACGACCGCACUUUGGUGGUGAAAGAGAUUUCCAGUGAGGAGGUCGAGGAAAUGCACAGCAUCCUGUCAGAGUAUCAUCAGCAUAUUGUCACCUCCCACGGCAGCACGCUGCUCCCUCAGUUCCUCGCCAUGUACAGAGUGACGGUGGAGAGCGAGGACACCUACCUGUUAGUGAUGAGGAACGUGUUCAGCCACAGGCUGCCAGUACACAGGAAGUACGACCUGAAGGGCGCCGUGCUGACUCGAGAAGCAAGUUUUAAAGAAAAGGUUAAAGAACUGCCCACAUACAAGGAUGCAGACUUCUUGAAUAACAUGCAGAAGAUCUAUGUGAGCGAUGAGGAGAAAGAGAAGGUGAUGAACAAACUCAGCAGAGAUAUCGAGUUUCUCGUGCGCAUGAGGAUCAUGGACUACAGCCUGCUGCUGGGCAUCCAUGACACCGAGCGAGCCGAGAGAGAGGAGGAGGACGACGUGGAGUCAUCCUGUGAGGAGGAGGAGGAGGAUGAAAACGACCCGGCUGCUCCUCAAUGCUCCACUUCCCCCGAAGGAAUCGCUGGCUACAUGAGCUCGCUCAAGCCCAUGGGUCCUGGGGAGUUCGACCCGUAUGUGGACGUGUACGCUGUUCAGAGCGCCGUGGGUGCUCCCAGGAGGGAGGUGUACUUCAUGGGCCUGAUUGAUGUGCUGACGCAGUAUGAUGCCAAGAAGAAAGCUGCUCACGCUGCCAGGGCUGUCAAACACGGGGCGGGAGCUGAAAUCACAACGGUUCAUCCUGAGCAGUACGCCAAACGCUUCAAGGAGUUCAUUGCGAAGAUCUUUGCCUAGUUCUAGGAUUGAUCGUCUUUUGAUGCCAAGCUUGAAUGCACAAUACCCACAAGAAACUCUAAACAUUUACAGCUAAAAAUAAUCUAUGCGGAAGUAUUUAUGUUUAUUAAACUUAUGAAAAUGUGCUCAUAUUAAGAUCAUUCAAUCUGGAGCAUAGUUCUGGCCUCAGUCAUGCCAAACUCUUCCUGUUUUCGGAUGAUGGACUGCACAGUCUCUCUGAAGGCUUAUUUUAUUGUGAGCGUCUUCAAUUUUAGGCAAAGACAGCCAGAGACAAUUAACAAUUUGACUAUCGUAAAUAGACUUUUAUUAAAAGGCAAAGCAAAUCCAAAACUACUGGAAAUUUGCUGGAGAGGAAACUCCUGGGUCCAGCAAUUUGCACUUACCUAAAGCAGAAAGGACACAACUUUGAAGACCAAGAUGUCUGUGCUUUGGACGGAGAAGACGAGUCGUCUUAAAGAGGCAUCAAAGAGGUCGACAUUACUAGCAGUCUGCUAUUCAUCUCACUCUCCCUACCAGGGAGGGAAGCUGUGGAAAACAAUUUUCUCUCUUUGCAUCCAGGGAGUAAAACCUGCUGGUCAUGUGACCUCUUCUGAUGAAGUCAUGUGACUUACCUUUCUGUGUUAGAUGUCAGAUAUUUCUGGUUUUCACCCAUUGCAAGCUGAGAAAGAUGCUGGAUUGCAAAAAUGAAACAUUUUGUGCCUUUUUGAAUGUUUAUUCAUGUUUAAAGAGGAAACCUUUGUGAGUUCUGCGGAAUGUUCAGAAGUUGAAAUAUGGAUUUAAAACCUGACCCUGCGUUGGUUGAUAAUGUUCUACAAACCUCUGAGGCCUUUGUUGAAGAAAAUUCAUUUAUACUGAGAUUAAAUGACACACAUUGAGACUGAUUCGACUUCUGAAACCAUUGGAGUUUAUCCAGACGUUUCUGAUUAAACACGGCUCAACAUUUACAUUUUUAAGCUGCCUUUUUCCAUUUAUGCAACUACGUACUGCUUUGAACUGGUCUUUGAAUGAGCAGGUUUAGUUUAUGGAGGUGGCAAGAUAUCAUGCGCUGAUUUUGCUUCCUUCAUCAUGAUGCUCAUGAUUUAACAGUGAUGUUUGCGUUUCCAGUUGGUAGUCGGGGUCUGAAAGCAACCAUCAAAAGCCAACAAUAAAAAGAAAAUAAUUUUG